CGGGUUGUUUCCGGUCCGUUUGUUGUGGUUCUUCUCAGUUCUUGUGCCACAGUUGUGCUGGACAGCGGGUGAUCAUGUCGGCUGCUGAGGACGACACGGAGCUGAGGGACCUGCUGAUCCAGAACCUGGAGACCAGCGGAGUCCUGAACAAGCUGAAGGCAGAGAUGAGGGCAGCCGUGUUCCUGGCCAUGGAGGACCAGGACAGGCUGGAGAACAAAACUCCACUCGUCAACGAAAACCUGAAGAAAUGCCUGAACACUCAAGACGGUCGCCUGGUGGCCAGCCUGAUCGUAGACUUCCUGCAGGUCUUCAACCUGGACUUCAGCCUCGCCGUGUUCCAACCCGAGAUCAACCUGCUGAACGGUCUGGACAGCCGGGACCUGGUCUGCAGGGACCUGGGUCUGUCUGACUCGGAUCUGAAUAAAACGUCCCCGCUGCUGCUGGAGCUGGUCCGGAGAGGACGGCGCGGAGACAAACCGGAUGUCCCCACCGAGGGAGGCGGAGCUGGAGGCGGAGCUGGAAACGACCGGACGGAGCUCCUCCAGACUCCAGACGUCGCUCUCGCCCGCAGGACCUUUGAUCUUUACGACCAGGAUGGGAGCGGCUCGGUCCGUGGAGAAGAUCUGAAGUCUGUGUUCUCGGACCUGCUGCCGGGUCUGAACAGGAACAUGUUGGAGAGAUUCACGUGCGAUGAGCUCCGAGCUGCAGACAGAACCUCCUCCGACAGGAUCGACUUCCAGUUCUUCCUGGACUCGUACAGACGUCUGUUCUGUCAGUGCAGGAGCGUGGUCGUUCCGGACUCGAACACGAGUCGACCUCAGAGCCGGGCUGAGGAUCGAGCCGCCUCUCCUCCGGUCAGUAAGAUCCCCAGGUACAGAGUCCAGAGGAGCCAGACGGUCGUCAAGGACCCGGAGCGUUCGUCCUCUCCGGGGGAAGGAGACCUUCAGCAGCAAACCUCCUCCUCUGCAGGGGUGAGGAAGGAGGAGGAGGAGGAGGAGGAGGAGCAGGGAGACCAGGAUGAAGGAGACUCGUUCUUCGACGACCCGCUGCCCAAACCCCAGAAGACGUACGGCUGCGCUGUCCCUCAGAGGGAGGACCGUCCGUCUGGACCGAUCAGACGAGGCAGGAGUCUCAGCGAUCUGUCGGUCCUGGCUGGAGACUCGGAGCGAGACGAUGCAGUUUCUGGUCCGGCCCUCAGGAAGGCGGAGAGGUCCGGGUCCGGUGGGAGUCCAGUCGGGUUCCUGUCUGAAGGUCCAAGGCCCGGAGGAAGCAGCGCAUCUGAGCCGAGCCGCAGCAGAACCGGAGCGUGGAACUCCAGAGAGCGAGGCCCGGCGGCUCCGAGCGCCAGAACUGGAUCUCCACACUUAGACGACAACGUCGAGUACGACGACGACUUCAACAGUCACCGGUCGGACCUGUCUAUCGGCGAGCUGAGUAUCGGCGAGGAGAUCGAGGACGUUUCCAUCGAGGGUCCUGAGAACAGCGACAAGUUCGAUGAAACCACGCAGGACGUGAGCGUCUCUCAGCUCAGUCAGAGCCACGGCGCCGACUACAUGGAGGACGUGUCCUGAAACUCCCAUCAUGCACUUCUUCAGAUCUGAAUAUUUAAGGCUGUACAGAUUUAACAAACAAAUAAACACUUUUGUUUUUGUGGACGAGGA